AUGGAAGUGCCGACUAGCGAAACAGAGACGUUCACUGUUGAUGAACAGACAAAACAACACACUCCACUAUACCACCCAAACAGGGCCUCCAAGACCAAGGUGUCUUACCACUACAACCCAGAAGUAGCCAAUUACCACUAUGGGACUCUACACCCAAUGAAGCCUUUUCGACUAAUGUUGACCGACCAUUUGGUAACAACAUACAAACUUUACGAGAAAAUGGACUUGUACACGCCAAGAAGAGCGACAAAGGAAGAGUUGUUGCAGUUUCAUUCUGAAGAUUAUAUCAAUUUCCUUCAAUCGGUAACUCCAGAGACAGUAAAGACACUAAGUGAUAAAACUUUGGCAAAAUUUAACAUUGGAGAUGAUUGUCCCGUGUUUGAUGGUAUGUUUGAUUACUCAUCGAUUUAUGCUGGGGCUUCUUUAGAUGCAUCAAGAAAGAUUAUUGCUGGGAUGGCUGACAUAGCUAUAAAUUGGUCAGGAGGACUACAUCAUGCAAAGAAAUUCGAACCAAGUGGAUUCUGUUAUAUAAAUGACAUUGUCUUGUGCAUAAUUAAUUUAUUGCGAAUAUACCCAAGAGUAUUGUACGUGGAUAUAGACUUGCACCAUGGGGAUGGGGUCCAAGAAGCGUUCUACACCACUGAUAGAGUAAUGACAGUCAGUUACCACAAGUAUGAUGGUGAGUUUUUCCCCGGAACUGGGUCAGGUGAUGAAGCCGGUAUUGGAAAGGGUAAGAAUUUCACAAUCAAUGUGCCCUUAAGAGAUGGGAUUGAUGAUGAAUCGUAUGUGGCAUUAUUUAAGCUGACCAUGCAAGGUAUAAUACCCAAGUUCCAACCUUCAAUCAUUGUAGCUCAGUGUGGUGCUGACUCAUUAGGAGGUGACCGUUUGGGUAGAUUCAACUUGUCUUUGAAAGGACACGGCUCUUGCUUAAACUUUUUAAAGAGUUUUGAAAUACCAAUGGUGGUUGUAGGAGGUGGUGGAUACACGCCCAAGAACGUUUCAAGAUUGUGGUGCUACGAAACAUCAGUUUUAACCGACACGACAUUGAAUACAAAGAUACCAAACUAUGGUGGUACCUCUCAGUGGUUUGGCGAUGAGGGACUUCAUCCAGAGUUGACGGGGAAAAUUGAAAACAAAAACACUAAAAGGUAUUUGGAAAGCGUUUUACAAAAUACACUAGAGCAGCUUCGAUAUUUGGACUAUGCUCCAUCGGUGCAGAUGCAUGAAAUACCCCCCGAGUUGUAG